AUGGCCGGUACUGCUGUUAAAUUCUUUGGUGGUGUGCUGCUCGCUGCAGUCCCAGUUUUGUUAACUACAUAUCUUGCAAGACCUACUUUUGCGAACGCAAUUGGAAGUAGGCUUUCGCAGGAAGAGGAGAUCAGAAAGAAAAAUGAGGAUGCAAAAUACGACACAGAUAAAUAUAACAUGAACGUGAAAAAUGACAAAUUAAUGAAAAAUUUUGUUAAAAGAGGUGAUGGAAAGGCUAGAGACGAGUACAAGGAUCUUGUCCAUUGA